AUGAAUUACCUACUAUGGUUAUGUUUUCUUUGGACUUGUACUAUCGUCAACGUUCUCCAUGCUGAUAACAAUUUAGCUGACAAGGUUCAACAGUUAACCGAUUGGUCAUCGAAGAACUCGUUGAUUCGUUUGAAUAGUGAACGGUUCAAACAUUUCGUUCGAACACCACCGAGAAACUAUUCGAUGAUUAUUAUGUUGACAGCAUUAUCACCACAACGACAAUGUGGAGUGUGCAAACACGCACAUGAUGAAUUUCAAGUUGUGGCACAAAGCUACCGCUAUUCAAAGGCAUUUUCAAACAAACUCUUCUUUGCUAUGGUUGAUUUCGAUGAAGGUGCAGAAGUUUUUCAAUAUUUGAAACUCAACUCGGCACCGGUCUUUAUUCAUUUUCCACCAAAAACCAAACCAAAAAAAGGCGAUCAGUUGGACUUAAACCGGCGUGGAUUUUCUGCUGAUCACUUAGCCAAAUGGGUUCAAGAUCGUACCGAAAUUCGAAUUGAAAUCUAUCGUCCACCGGAUUACUCAGGAGUUCUCAUCGGUGGCUUCGCUUUGGCAAUGAUCGCUGGUUUACUCUAUCUUAAACGAGAUAGUCUCUCAUUUUUGUAUAACAACCUUAUUUGGGGAAUAAUCGUUAUUCUCGCUAUUUUAACUUUUGUCUCGGGACAAAUGUGGAACAACAUUCAUGGUUCAACAUUUGCUAAUCACGACCAAAAAACAGGACACACUCACCGAAAAUACGAUCGAAAAAAGGAAAACGCAGAAGCGUUAUGGCGUUUAUUGGUCUUAUUAUUGUCAUCUCGUUAUUUAGCUAUAUUCUUUCUGUUUUUCGAUCAAAAUAUCACGGUUAUCCAUACAGUUUUUUGCUCAAAUAAUACUGUUCGUGUGAUAAAUAUCAUUCACGCAGCAUGGUCAUCGUAUUCAAUUCGAAGUUUACUACACUAA